CCUCCCAUAACGUCUCUCUCUGGGCAGUAUGGCCGCCGUCCUGUAGCUGUUAGUUAGUUAGCUCCUGUUAUACAUAAGAUUAAAGCAUCAUACUUUAAAACAUGUCGGCCCUACUUCUCUUGAAAAACUCGCUUGGCAGACUGCCGCCGAGCGUCGCCCGACAGGUUAUCGGCUGCUGUUAUCACACCGAGAGAGGUGUUUACGGGUACCGACCCAAACAGACCGACAGGGACCUGAAGUUUCAGAGCGACCGCAUCGCUGCACUAAAUCAAGAUCAUGGUCUUGUCCGUCUGGUGGAGGCGUACAGAGCACAUGGACACAAGGCUGCUAAAAUUAACCCCUUACUGCCCGACAAGCCUGUAGCUGACAGUGUCCCGGAGAUCAGCAUGCUGACUGGCACUAUAAGAGGACAACUCAACACCUCAGCUCUACAACACUUUGGAAAGGCAGAGGCUUCAGUGGAGGAGGUGCAGGCCUACCUGGAGGAAGCCUACUGCGGCCACCUGUCAGUGGAGACCAGCCAGCUGAGCAGCCUGGAGGAGAGGGAGUGGUUCGCUGACCGCUUUGAGGAGCUCAAGGGGAAAAGUUUCUCUGCUGAGGAGAGGAGGCAGCUGGCCAAGGUCAUGCUGGAGUCUCAGGAAUUUGACCACUUCCUGGCCACCAAGUUUGCUACUGUGAAACGUUAUGGAGGAGAGGGAGCAGAGAGCAUGAUGGGCUUUUUCCACGAGCUUUUCCACCAGUCGGCCCACAGCGGAGUUACCGACAUUGUCAUUGGCAUGCCCCACAGAGGUCGACUGAACCUCCUCACAGGCCUGCUCAAGUUCCCACCAGAGCUCAUGUUCCGUAAGAUGCGGGGCCUGAGUGAGUUCCCUGACACCUCACCCGCCAUCGGUGACGUCCUCUCCCACCUCACCUCCUCAGUGGAGUUGGAUUUUGGAGCCGGACAUCCUCUUCAUGUGACCAUGCUGCCCAACCCAUCCCACCUUGAGGCCAUCAACCCGGUGGCCCAGGGCAAAACCCGAGCCAGGCAGCAGCUCAGGAAAGAGGGGGACUAUUCACCCGAGGAGAACGCCCAGCCAGGGGACCAAGUCAUCUGUCUGCAGGUCCACGGUGACGGCUCUUUCACUGGUCAGGGAAUCGUCCCAGAAACUUUGACCCUCUCAAACCUCCCCCACUACAGGGUCGGUGGGAGCAUCCACCUCAUUGUGAACAACCAAGUGGGUUACACCACUCCAUCGGAGAGAGGGAGAUCGUCUUUGUACUGUAGUGACGUUGGUAAGAUGGUGAACUGUGCUGUGAUCCAUGUAAACGGAGACGAUGCAGAGGAGGUGCUGCGGGCCACUCGGCUGGCUGUGGAGUACCAGCGGCGUUUCAGGAAGGAUGUAAUCCUGGAUCUGAUCUGCUACCGUCAGUGGGGCCACAACGAACUGGAUGAGCCUUUCUUCACCAACCCAGCCAUGUACAAGAUCAUCCGCUCCCGAAAGAGUGUCCCGGACUCCUACUCAGAACAGCUGAUCUCUGAGGGUCUGAUGACCGACGCCGAGCGCGACGAGAUCAAAUCCAAAUACUACGGCAUGCUCAACGACAAGCUGGCCAACAUGACCCUGUACAGCCCACCACCCACCAACCUGCAGGGCCGCUGGGGGGAUCUGGUCGAACCCCAGGCUAGAGUCACCACCUGGGACACGGGCGUCCCCAUUCCUCUGCUGCAGUUUGUGGGAGCAAAAUCUGUGGACAUCCCCGAGCAAAUCCAGCUGCACAGUCACCUCAGAAAAACCCAUGUGCAGGCUCGGCUGCACAAGUUAGAAGAGGGCACCAAACUGGACUGGUCCACAGCAGAGGCCCUGGCCUUUGGUUCUCUCCUGUGCCAAGGCUUUAACAUUCGAAUCAGCGGGCAGGAUGUUGGAAGAGGCACGUUUAGUCAGCGUCAUGCCAUGGUGGUGUGUCAAGACUCCAAUGACAUGUACAUCCCUCUGAACCACAUCACCCCUCAGCAGACAGGUUUCCUGGAGGUGUGUAACAGCCCUCUGUCUGAGGAGGCGGUGCUUGGAUUUGAGUACGGUAUGAGCAUCGCACAGCCGAAGCUUCUUCCCAUCUGGGAAGCUCAGUUUGGAGAUUUCUUCAACGGAGCGCAGAUCAUCUUUGAUACCUUCAUCUCUGGAGGUGAAGCCAAGUGGCUGCUACAGUGUGGGAUGGUGAUCCUGCUGCCUCACGGCUACGAUGGAGCUGGACCUGAGCACUCUUCCUGCCGUAUGGAGCGCUUCCUUCAGAUGUGUGACAGUAAAGUGGAGGGUGUGGAUGACGACAGUGUGAACAUGGCCGUGGUCAACCCCACCACUCCCGCCCAGUACUUCCACCUGCUGAGGCGACAGAUGAUCCGAAACUUCCGCAAACCUCUCAUCGUGGUUGGACCCAAGACACUGCUCAGAUUUUCUGGGGCAGUGUCCAGCCUGACUGAACUGGCACCGGGAACAUCUUUCAGACCAGUGUUAGGUGAUACUUCAGUCUCAGCAGCAAGUGUCCAGAAGGUGGUGCUGUGCUCAGGGAAGCAUUACUAUGCCCUGCUGAAACAGAGGGAGGCAUCAGCAGCAAACCAGAACACAGCGCUCAUUCGUGUGGAGGAGCUGUGUCCGUUCCCACUGGAGGCUCUGCAGCAGGAGCUCGGAAAGUACUCCAACGCCAAAGAGUUCAUCUGGAGUCAGGAGGAGCCUCAGAACAUGGGUCCCUGGUCUUUUGUAGCUCCCAGGUUUGAGAGGCAGCUGGCCUGCAAGCUCCAGUUAGUGAGUCGACCUGCUCUGCCUGCCCCCGCCGUCGGCAUCGGGACCCUCCAUCACCAGCAACAAGAGGCCAUCCUCAACGCUACCUUCUCCUCCUAAGAGGAGCCAAAGUAACCAGUACUAACCAGUACAGAGACUUCAGUACAACACUACAUACUGUAUCUGUUGUGGUCCUCACAUCAUCAUCGCUAUAAGCACAACGCUGCUGCACGGCAGAUACGCGGGACCUUUAGAUGGUGUGGACGUUUGGUUUUGACACAAAUUGGUCACUAAUUUAAACAACAAAUCAAAGAAAGUGUUAAAGAGAAUAGUGUUGAUAAUUUUAGGUUUUAAUUGUUAUGUUUAUGUGGUUUAAAGGCGAGGUCUGACUUGCUGUCGACUUGUUUUUUCUCCCUCUUCCUCUCAUUUAAGAGCCUGUUUUCUUUAUUCUUUUGAUGUAAGAAAAAACACAUCUGCUAAUUUGGUUCGGAUCUGAAUCAAGGCCUUAGAGACAAUGUUUACAGUGUGAUUGUAGUAAAGAAGCUGACCAUUGUAUUUGUAGCACUCUGAACUCUAUCUUGCCUGUGUCAAACCUCCAUGGGCUCCACAUUUAGGCAAUCAAAACUAUAGUCGUCUCAUGCAUGUGGCAAUUUUUGUACUGUUCUGAACAGAAAAUAUCAGUGUAAGUUGUUAGAAAUCACUGAGUAUUAUCCUUGUGAUAUUUAUAUAAGAAUGUGAGAACUUUAACUGGUUUUAACAUUACAUUUAAGAGGGAGAUGAAAUGGUUUCUGAACGAACAAAGAGAGUUGUUACGAGUGUCACCAAUGUUUAUCCUACUAUGAGUUAGGUAUAUCUGGACAUUUCACGGUACAAAUUUGGGCUAAGAAAUAGUUGACUGUUUUCAUUAUUUAAUCAUAGUUUAAACUUGAGACUUGAGUUCAAAAUAUUGGCAUUAAAGGGCUAAUGUAAAUAAACUAAAUCAGAAUAUUCAAAUGGAAAUAUUUUCAAAUAAAUCUUAUUUUCAUGUUUGUGCA